UUCUUUACCAACCUCGUAUGUCAUCUUCCCCCAAAAAUAAGAACCCUAGACUUCUAAAGGUCAGUAAUGAGAGAUCUCACACAUUGGUGUGUUCGUAGUUCAGAUGAUCCCUUUGAUCCCGAUGCAGUAUAUGGAGAUGCACCUACAUUGUUUUCUAUCAAGUCUUCCAUGGAGGUUUGGACACCAUCUGAAUGCCCAACUACCAUCACCCCUCCAAAACAUCACACACCAAUUGGACACCAUCUGAAUGCCCAACCACUUGUGAUAAGUGCAAGGAACCAGGGCAUAAUUCAAGGAGUUGCACAGGUCAAUCUGCAAAGGGUAAGGUUCAAGGUGCAAAGGGUAAGGGACAGGGUGCAAAGGACAAGGCUGCAAAGGGACAAGUUCAGGGUCGGGGUGCAAAGGGUCAGGGGCAGGCUGCCAAGGGUUAGGGUGCGAAGGAUCAGGCUGCAAAAAAUGGUGGUCCACAAGCUGGUUAAGAUCAUUACCAGUUUAGUUGUCUUUUGAAUUUGGUUAUGUAAUAUUGAAGAUGGUCUUUUGUUAUGCUACUUUAAACAUGGUGUAUUGUUAAGAUAUAUAAUGUUGAACAUGGUGUUUUGUUAAGA